CAACCCAAAAUAAUUUUGAUUCGUUCUCCAUGAUUCCCCAUAGUCACGUGAAAUUGUUUAUUCUCACCCAGAGUUUAGAUAAAACACUGCUGGUGCGUUGAGAAACCACAACGAACGAACCAACGCAGAGAACGAAGUUUUGGUUAACCAGUGCGCAUUCCUCUCCUGAAGAUGGAUUUGCUACAGAUGAUCCAGUCGAACUUUGUAUCAGUCGUUUUGGCAAUUGUGGUUCUUUGUAUCCUCCGGUUGAAGAACCGUGGAAAACAAACUUCUGGACGUUUACCGCCGGGUCCACCUCCGGUGCCUCUGUUAGGAAACUUGCUGCAGAUGGACAUGAAAGCUCCCUACAAAUUCUACGUUGAGAUGUCCAAGCAGUAUGGCUCUGUGUUCACGGUGUGGCUGGGUCCAACUCCUGUGGUGGUGAUCUCUGGCUACCAGGCCCUGAGGGAGGCCUUGGUCAACCAGGGGGAUGAGUUCAGCGGCCGGGCCACCUACCCCAUCAUCAUGAGGAUCACCAAAGGAUUCGGAGUGCUGGUGGCCAGUGGGCACCGUUGGAAGGUAAUGCGGCGGUUCACCCUGUCCACGCUGAAAAACUUUGGGAUGGGUCGCAGGAGCAUUGAGGAGAGGGUACAGGAGGAGGCCAAGUGUCUGGUUCAGUCCUUCAGCCUGUUAGGAGAGUUGACCAAGAUAAACCCCAAAGAUCACCUGUGCUACUCUGUGGCCAAUGUGAUCUGCUCGAUAGUCUUUGGCCACAGAUAUGAACUCGAUGACCCCAACUUCACUUUGAUCUACAAGGCUGUGGACGAUUACUUCAAUAUUCUCAACAGACGUAUUGGAGUGAUGUAUAACACAUUCCCUAAGAUCAUGGGCUGCAUCCCGGGGUCACACCAGGACAUGUUCCGCACUCUGGACCAGGCCAGGCAGUAUGUACAAGCGGAGGCAGACAAACGUCUCAAAACCAUGGACCCCUCAGACCCCCAGGACUUCAUAGAGGCUUUCCUGGCUGAGAUACUGAAGAAUAAAGACUUUCCAGAUUCAGAGUUCCACUAUGAGAACUUGCUGUCGAACACGUGGAACCUGUUUUCAGCAGGAACUGAGACCACCAGCUCUACAUUGAGACAUUGUUUCCUGAUGAUGAUGAAGUUCCCUCACAUCCAAGAGAGGGUUCAGAAGGAGAUAGAUGAGGUGGUGGGUUCGAGCCGCAUACCUCGGAUGGAUGACAGGUCUAAGAUGCCCUACACGGACGCAGUCAUCCAUGAAGUCCAGAGGUUUAUGGACCUGACCCCAACUUCUGUUCCUCACAAAGUCAUGAGGGACACAGAGUUUCACAACUAUCUCAUACCUGAGGGCACCAUGGUCCUUCCUCUGCUGUCCUCGGCCCUUUCAGACCCAGAACUGUUCAAGAACCCCCAAGAAUUUGACCCUGAGAACUUCCUGAAUAAAGACGGAAGCUUCAAGAAUAACGAUGCAUUCCUUGCUUUUGGGAUAGGGAAGCGCGUGUGUCCAGGAGAAGGUCUGGCCAGGGUGGAGCUCUUCCUCUUCUUCACCUCUCUGCUGCAGCGCUUCACGUUUGAGGGCACUGUGCCCUCUGAGGAGAUCGACAUCACAUCCAAAUGCACCAGCUUUGGACGCCAGCCGCCCAUCUACGAGUGUUUUAUCAAACCCAGGAGAGAGGAGUGACACACACGUAUAUGAACACGCACAUACACAUCUUGGGUUGUGGAGGUUGUAUCCCAUGACUCAUGGUGUUUUUCUAUAAAGCCCUGAUGAGAUGGCUGAAUGCAGUGUAAGCUUAUCAUUGCUGCUGUUGUUGUGUCUAGCUAUAUCAGGUACUAAAAUAAAAUGACUACUGACAGGA